AGAAAAUUGUUGUUUUCAAAAAAAGGGUGACGGUUUCUGAAGGCAACCGGAAGAUGAAAAGCGAUUUGAGAUUUUUACUUUACAUGAAUGUACAAAUAUUUUAUCUAAGAGGUAUUCAAGGAAGAGAUUUUAUAAGAUGUCUGGUUCUGGAUAAUUAUUUAAGGGCCGAGUUACCUUUGCUUGAUCUUUCCUUGAACAGUAGACUUCUGUGUGGAGCAAUGUGUACAGAACAUUUCCACGAGUGGUGCUUGUCCUAUGCCUGGAAUAAGGAUAGCAGACGAUGCAUGUUAUUCCGUCAGAAAUGUCCAAGUAACGCACAAAAAGAUCAAACAGCGAAAAGCUGGGAACACUAUGAAACAAAAGUGAUGUCGGACAUUGCGGUUGGUAAACCAGCACAACAGUCGUCAACAUAUACAUCAUAUGUGGCCGAGAAGGCAGUGGAUGGUAACAGAAGCACAGAUCCUUAUGACUCCUCGUGCGCUCACACUGAAAAUAUUCCAAAUUCAUGGUGGAGAGUUGAUCUACAGGCUGUUUAUUACAUUACCAGAGUUAGAUUGCUAAACCGGGGGCUGGACAAAUUUGGACUCGAUUUGUCAUACCGGCUCCAGAAUGUCACAGUCACUGUAGGAGAGACAGAAUCGUCAUUAAACACUUCCUGUGGUUUCUUUGCUGGUCCCGGUACUUUGUCGCAACUGGUUGACAUCGACUGUCCGCCAGUUACAUCGGGGAGAUACGUCAAUGUCUCCAUUUUGGGCGGUUAUCUUACACUCUGCGAGGUGGACGUGUUUGGUUUCAACGCCUAGUGAUCGCUAAAAUACUUGAUCCAUUUUUUGCUUUCUAAACGAAAACGGAAUAUUGGAUUAUUAGUAUAUAACAACACACUGUGUGAAAUAAGCGAGCUAGCAUAUUUUAUGUACCAGUAGAUGCCGUGUAAUUGUAUGACAUAAAGUCGAAAUAAAUAGAUUUUUCUUUAAUAAAAGAAACUUUUGUGAUGCCACUCAUUUUAAUUAGUCACUAAUUAAUCAGUAUACAUUAAUAUAUAUUAAUAUAUCAACUGUCUCAUUGUUGGAUAUUAAUAUUUACAACCCAUCAGUUGGAUAUACAAAUAUCCAACAGUGCAAUAAACAAUAAAUGGAAGAAACCCCAAAAAAGUUGAAACAGAUAUUUUCAAAACAAAGUCCAUAAAGAGGUGCUUGAUUAGGAUUUUGUGUUAUGGCACUCAAAGUUUUUUUGUGUUUAGGUUAAAGGGGUAUUGUCACAAUUUUGAUAAAAAAUUAUACAUGUAUUUCCGUUUUUAAUGUUUACAAUGUACAAUACUUCAGAAAGGUGUUUCUAAUAGUCGACUAAAUUUGAGUGACAUUUGUCGUGUUAACGUUAUAACCAAG